CCUCGACAGUAUAUUAAUAUUUGAAAAUAUCAUUUUGGGUGGUUACUCUUAUCGAUAUCGUAAUUCAAACAAUAAUAUUGCAAUGAUAACGAACUUCAGGAUUACAUAAUCCUUAUUAGUAUCUGUAUCAGUAUCCUGAAAAUACAAAACGUGGCAAUUAUAGCAUAAUCUGCUGACUUGAACUCGAAUGUCUGCCUUCGCAGAAGACGUGCGGAUUUCCCUAGUUUUCGGCGCUGUUCUUGGCGGGCUUGUACUUGCACUGGGCGUCACUGUCGUCGCUCUAUGUCGCUUACGGCGUCAGAGAAAUAAUAACCAGGUUCCGCAAAAUGAGGCUGACAGAGGGCAAGCAGCGACGGCUGCCCCUCUCGUGUCGCCGCCGGGCAGUGGCCAAGCGAUCCCGCCAAGGAGUCCGCCCCGUCCGGCUGCGUCGGGAGCACCGCCUCCGCCUCCUCCCGUUCUCGGAGCUGUGCUUCCCGCGGAGGGCGACGGGGCGGAGUCUCAGCAAGAGGAGUUCUACUACGAAAUGGUCCCUCUGCAGGACGUGUCCCCGCCACCGUGUUCCUUCGUCUAUUCAGAUGAGUGUUCAGAGGAAACCAUCAACGACCUCUACAUCAGCGCUGACCUGUGACCACGCAUUGAUCAUCAGUUCUUACGUCUAAUGUGUACACCUUUUCACUAACAUCCGUGGCGUCAUGUCAGAAGCGGUCGGUGUAGUUACCACCAGGAA